AAUUCAACGAACGGCUCUCUCUCUCUCUCUGAGGGGAACCAAAGUCUACCAAAAGUCAACGAUGAGCACGUUCUCAGCGGUGUCUUCAACGGCGGAAAGGCUGGACCAUUUGCUUCUCGCCGACGGAGCUCCGGCGCCGUGCGAAGGCGAUUUGCGCGCCGGAGUUUUGCAGCUUCGGUCAGAGAUCAAGCUAAUUGAAAACAAAUUGAUGUCCGACGAAAAUGGAAGGAUCAAAAUCGGCGAAGAGGAGAAGCGAAGAAUCACACAGCUAGCGUACGACGUCGAGGAUGCCGUGGAGUCUUACGCUUGGAGACAAGCGGCGGCGGCGGCGGAUUCGAAAUGGAAACUAGGUAGCGUUUUGAAGUACCCUACGGCGAGGAGUCUCCGGAAGGAUCUUCACGCCUUUAGUAAGAGGAUCGACGAGAUCAGAAGUGUAACGGCCGGUGGAGGAGAAGGAUCACCUAGAUCAGGAGUAAGAUCUGUUGUGGUUGUAGAGCCGCCGCCGCCGCCGCCGGCGCAAAUCCUCCGAACGGAAGUUCGUUCCGGCGGAGAAGAUGUAACGGAGUUGACGGCUCGAUUGGUAGGACCGGAGUCAAAGUUAUCGGUCGUCGCGGUAUGCGGUAUGGGCGGCAUAGGGAAGACGACUCUCGCGCAAUCGGUGUACAACAACCGAUUCGUGAUCGAACAUUUCGAUACCCGGGCUUGGGCAUACGUUGGCCAGAAUUUCCAGGCGAGGGGCAUUCUGGAGAGUGUGUUGUCCUCCCUUCGGCCCGAACGGAGUAAGAGUGAGAUUGCGGCGAUGGAGAUGAUGGUGUUGAUGGAUCAGCUUUACAAAGCUCAAAAGGGGAGGAGAUACCUUGUUGUUCUGGACGAUGUCUUGUCGUUCGAGGCCUGGGACACGAUGCGGUUCGCCUUUCCGGACGACAAUAACGGAAGCAGAAUCGUCAUCACCACUCAGGACGAGGAAGUGGCAAAGCAAAUGUCCACAUCCGUUCUAGAAAUGAAGCUGUUGCCCGAGGAUCGAAGUUGGGAGAUUUUGCAAUCGGCAUCUGGAGUGAUGGAUGGGACGGAAUUUAACCCGGAGAUAGAGAUGGUGGGGAAACAAAUAGCCAAAUAUUGUAAAGGGCUCCCAUUAGCUAUAACUGUGAUAGGUGGUAUUUUGAGGAAGAAGAAUUUGAAAGAAUGGAAGGAGGUGCUAGACGUACUGGUUGCAGGAGACGGAUGUUCACAAGAAACGGAAUCAGUUUUGCCUCUAAGCUACAAUCACUUACCGUUACAUUUGAAGCCGUGUUUUCUUUAUUUGGGACAUUUCCCCGAAGACGAAGCUAUACCGGUGGAAAAGUUGUACUUACUGUGGAUGGCUGAAGGGCUGAUAUCAACGAGGGCUCUAGACAAUCGAACACAAAAGGAAGUUGCUGAAGCUUAUUUAAAGCAGCUCGUUGAUAGAAGCCUGGUGUUUGUGGUGGAAAACGAGGUGUCUGACCCCACAAGGUUUAAAUCGUGCCAGCUUCACGACCUGAUACGUAAACUGUGCAUAUCAAACGGAAAGCAGGAAGAAUUUUUCGAUGUCAUUGAUUUUGGAAACGGAGGCAAAAUAAGCUCUUCAUCUCGCAGGCUUGUCAUAUACCUGUACAAGUUUAAAGAUGUCAACGACGAUCCUCUUUUGAACAUACGCGAUGCCAGAGAUAUCAGAUCGAUUCUUUUCUAUGAUAGAGACGAAUCUCACGUCAAACCAGCAUCGUCUAGCAACUUGCCUAGAGCAUUCUCCGACCUCACCGAGUUCCAAGGGGCGAGGGUGUUGCACUUUGACGGGGUUGAUUUUCAAGUUAAAAAGCUCCCGAGAGGUAUACAGAAACUAAUUUACCUCAGGCACUUGAGCUUCCAAGGAUGCCAUCUCAAGGUGUUUCCGUCGUCUUUUUGCAGCUUCCCCUUUCUGGAAACGUUGGAUUUACGUGUAAUAGAUUGUUGUGUAAUGACAAUACCGAAUGUCCUGUGGAAGAUAUCAAGCUUGAGGCAUUUGUACUUCCCUCUGGCAUUUCGAGUUGAUACUAAUGAUAAGUUGAAGCUGAACACCCUGAAGAAGCUCCAAGUACUCGAGAACUUCAACGCUAGCCUUUGUGAUACGAACGACCUCCUACAGCUAGAAAACCUUCAAAUCCUAUCAGGGGUUGUGGAGGGCAACACGGAUUUGAAGAACAUCAUCGGGUGUAUGGAUUCGAGUAAAUUCCUACGCCACUCGUCACUUGAUGUUAAAAAAUUUGAUUCUUACUCAAAAGAAAGGCUCGCGAUUGUGGCGGAGUUGCUGGAGUGCAAUGGUCUUCAUAAUUUGGACUUCGAGGGGUAUCUGGGAGUGAUGCCACCCCAUCGGAACAUCGGUUCGAACAUCACUUCUGUGGUGUUUAUUGGAUCCGAAUUUGGUGAAGACCCCAUGCCGGUAUUUGCGAAGUUUCCUAACCUCAGGAGCCUCGUCUUAUGCAAAGACGCAUUCGUGGGGAAAAAAAUGGUGUGUUCUGAGCCAAAUCACUUCCUUCGACUUGAAAGUCUUAAACUAGCAACUUUACAAUAUUUGGAGGAAUGGGAGGUUGACGAAGCUGCCAUGCCAAGGCUUGUUGUUAUCACUAUCGAGCGGUGCAAUAAAUUGGAAGCUAUCCCUUCUGGAUUAUCAGAAAUAUCAACUCUUGAAAGAUUUAUGAUCGGAUCAAUGCCCAAAGAAUUUCAGGAAAAAGUUAACCAAAUAAUCGAAAAGCAGAGAGAUAACGGCAAUAAAGAGCUGACUGUCACAUUUUACGAUUGCUGAAUUCCACGUUUUAUUGCGCACAAGGAAUACGAAUUUCGGGCGAAGGGCAUAAAGGGAAUAUGAAUUUGGACUAAUAAUAUGUUCCCGAGAACUGUAAAGCGUUGUUUCGUGAACUACCUACUAUGUAUGUAAUGGAGUAUUUAUUGUGUGCUUAUGUUAAGUUGUGUACUGCAAUGUAAUUUGUUUGGUGUUUGAUUGUUCGUGUGUGUACUGCAGCUGCAGCUGCAGCUUGCCGGUUUGUUUUCAUUUUGAUUUUCGUUUGGUCUUCGUUUAAUAAGAUGUUGAUUCUUGGUUUUGCGUCCUCUUCUGGUUGGAGUUGUGACGAUUCCAUUUUUCUGUAAUUAAACUCAAAUCAAAUAAUGUUUUUUUUUUCUUCCCUAAA